AUGGCUCCCAAACCUCCGUCACCUCCGGGGGUUUUGCCUCAAGCUGCUAAUGGACCGCGCUUUGCGAACCCGAUCACUCAGCUACCAGAACAGGCACUGCUCUCCGAGGACAUAUCUAUGCGAGAAACACCAGACAUGUCAGGCGACAUCAACAGUCGCCUACGGAUAGAGUCUCCAUCGGACGAUACAUCGGAGGAUAGUCUCAUGUCGGAUUCAGACUCAGAGCCAGACGAGACACUCCCUAAGUCUCAGCGUGGAUUGCCGAUCUCUAGGCUUCCCACCGGCCUGUGCUAUGAUGACCGUAUGCGGUAUCAUGCUGAAGUAGCAGCCACCAGUGCCGAGAAUGUGCAUCCCGAAGACCCUCGGCGAAUCUAUUACAUCUUCAAGGAACUCUGUGAGGCUGGGCUGGUCGACGAUAAGGAUUAUCCACCUAUGGUAGAGCAGCCGCUGAAGCGGAUCGACGCCCGAGAGGCGACGAAGGAGGAGAUUCUUCUGAUCCAUGACGAAGAAGAGCAUUAUAAUUUCGUCAGGUCAACAGCAGCUAUGUCGAACGCGGAACUCAUCGACCUUUCAGAGAGCGCUGAGCAGGAUUCCAUCUAUUUCAACCAGCUCUCCUUUUUUUCUGGGAAAUUAUCCGCUGGCGCAGCUAUCGAGACUUGCAAGGCUGUUCUGGAUCGGAAGGUCAAGAACGCAAUCGCCGUGAUAAGACCACCCGGUCACCAUGCUGAACCUUUGAAACCAAUGGGCUUCUGCCUCUUCAACAACGUGUGCAUCGCUUCGAAAGCCUGCCAAAUAGAUGCGAGACUCGGUCAAGAGUGCAGGAAGAUCCUUAUUGUGGACUGGGACGUACACCACGGAAACGGCGGCCAACGAGCCUUCUACAAUGAUCCAAACAUCCUCUACAUCUCCAUCCACGUCCAUAUGAAUGGUCAAUUCUACCCAUCUGGCCCUGAAGGCGACAUGUACCACUGUGGGGAGGGUCCGGGCUUGGGCAAAAAUGUCAACAUACCCUGGCCCUCGAAAGGCAUGGGAGACGGCGACUACAUGUACGCCUUCCAGUCCGUCGUCAUGCCUAUCGCAGUGGAGUUCGACCCAGAUUUCGUAAUCGUUGCAGCGGGCUUCGAUGCCGCCGCUGGAGACGAACUGGGUGGUUGUUUCGUCACGCCGCCCUGCUACGCUCACAUGACGCACAUGCUCAUGUCCCUUGCUGGAGGGAAAAUCGCCGUCUGCCUUGAAGGAGGAUACAACUUUGGCGCCAUUUCGAAGUCCGCCCUCGCAGUCACGCGGACAUUGAUGGGGGAACCGCCCGAUCGCUUGCAGGCCACGGCCGCCACAUCGAGUGCAAUUGACACUAUAUCCAAAGUUCGAAACGUCCAGUCCAAGUACUGGCGGAGCAUUUAUCCCAAAGAACCCGUGGCAGGCAUCUUCGGCGGAGAGAGGUUGCAUGAUAUCAUUCGGCGGUACCAGGCGAUGCACCUCUAUGACAAGUACAAGUUGACCCAGUUGCAUAUCUUCCGGGACACGAUUUCCAGGUCCUUUGAUCAGCAGGUUUUGGCCACGCCGAACUAUGAAACCAAGAAAGCACUGAUAGUCAUCUUCCAUGACUCGCCUGAUCUCCUUGCCACGAAUACUGGGAUCUCUACGCAACAGAAACCACAUGAUACAUGGCUGGUUCAGAUCCCCCAUGCCCGUCUACCUCGCUACCUGCCUGCCUGCCUACCAAAGCUCACACACCUGCGUCAUAAGGUUGACGGCACACAGUCGUACAUCCACUGGGCGACGUCGCAAAACCACGGUGUCAUCGACGUCAACAUCCCCGAAUUCAUCACCGUCCCCGCGCCCGCCCCUGCCGCAACCUCCUCCUUGGACCAACCAGGCGUCAAACCCGAGUACGCUGCCGCACCGCUGGACCCUGCAUCCACCAGCAUGGGCAUCACCACCACGAGCGCGACGGCGACCGCGACCGCCCAGCACCCAUACAGCACGUCGAUCGAGUACGCGUCCGGGACCAGCGACCUCGCGCGGCGCGAAGGGGAAAAACUCGCCUUGUACCUCUGGGAGAACUACAUCGAGCCGUACGCGUUCCCGCACGGCGUCUUCCUCGUGGGCGCGGGCAACGCCUUCCACGCCGUGGCCAAGCUCAUCUCGGACAACGACAACGUGUACCCGGCGCUGCUGGGCGUCGUGGCCUUCAGCGCCACGCAGCCGAUCCGGCCCGUCACGUCCGGGACGAACCACUGGGUGACGAGCUGGUACCGGGAGAACAGCCUCGUGUUUGUGAGCGAGAAGCACAGCCUGUGGAAGAAGGAGAAGGAAGGCGGCAAGGUCUUCUCCAAGCGCUACGGGAAGCUGGUCAAGAGUCCCGGCGAGGUGUUGAAUGGCAUGAUGCUCCUGCAUCGCGACGAGGUCCUGAGGUGGAUGACCGAGCGGAUCAACCAGAGGAAGGAGGCCAUGGGGAGCAGUGAAGAAGAAGAAGAAGAUGAUGAUGAUGAUGACGAUGACGAUAAUGAUGGUGAACAGGAGGAUGGCCAGGACGACGGCGACGUGGAUGGCACAAAGGCUGGCGCUGGUGGGGGAGUGGAUGCGGAUGGAGAUGCGAGUGCAGCCAAGAAUGGUCAGGCCAGUGAUGCCGAUACCAUUGAUGAUCCGGCGGUCAAGGGGGAGAGUGGGAUCGGUGCUGCGGCGUCCUCACCACCUGCUGGGGCUCGAUUGUCGAGAGGCGAUGUGGUCAUGACGACGGAGCAGUGA